AUUAUGAUUCAUCAGACACUGGACGUAACGUAGAAGCCAAUACAAAUGUGAAUGCAAACCUCAGUCCAACAAUAUCCUUUUGGUUUCGUUUGAAUCGCAUCAUUUUACGUUUGUGUAGUACGCAUCAAUUUAAAAAUUUACAAGUUGAAAUGUUGUAUCAACGUUAUUUUCUGCGCAUGAAUCAAAGCAAUACUACUCACAUACUGGUGCUAUUAUUAGCACUUAUUUUGGCUCUAUCAAGUGCUCAUAUUGUUUUCACAACCAUGCAAGUGAAACGUAACUUUUCGACAACUUUUCAAGAUGAUUCUGUUGUAAAUAUUGGUGGCAGCAGUGGCAGUAACAAAACUAUUAUUAUGGCCGCAACACAACUAUUAUUACCUGGUCAACAACAAAUUAAAGAGCAGCAGGAGGAAGUGGGAACGGGCGUGAUUGCAGCAAAAGAUGAUAAAUUUAUAAUAUCCGCUUUGCAACGAAACUUGGAAAUACUCUAUCAAUUACCACCAAAAUAUAAUUUAACAGCAACUACAACUACAGCACCAGCCAAUAACAAUCAAAUUGAUAAGAUGGCAACAAGAGGUAUUCAUUCUUAUGAAGAGAAUAAGCUGGGUGCUAUUGAAGUUAAAGACGUUGAAAAUUUCGAGCAUGGAAAUGAUGUUGAUAUUGAAGUUGUUACUAACCACAAACCAACUUCGUUAAUAAUGCACAAUUUACCUUUGCCAGAAUUUGUAGCAAGUGCCAAAGUUGUAAGUUCUAAGCAGCCACAGCCACAACAACUACAAGAACAAGUUCUUCAUCAUCAAUAUAAUUUGAACGAUGACUCUAAAGCCGCUUUUGUUUCACGGUUAUUUAAACGUCGAAAACGAAAAUAUUUAAAUAGACAUUUGCUAAAGCACCGUUCAAGAUUGAAACGUUAUGCCCUGGAUGAGAAAGAAUUUCAGAAGACAAUAACAAAAGCUGCACAUCAAGCAACUGUCAACAAAAUAUUACAGGAGCAACAGCAUAAUCAUCAUCCUAAUCAUGAUUUGUUACAAUCCACAAACAAACAGACAAGUUCAUCAACUGUUAAUAAUGAUGAUAAUGAUGAUUAUCAUUAUUAUCAGCAAAAUUAUCAUCAUCUUCAACGCAAUCAUAAUAAUGAUUAUGAUAUAACUAAAAAUAAUAAAAAUUAUAACAAAGAAUUAUACAACAUACAACGACUUGAACAAGGACAUAAAAGACAACAGCAACAAGUUGCCACAACUACGAUUUUACAACAACAGCAUGAAAUGUCAAGGGAAAUUGUUGAUGCUGUUGAAAAACAGCAGUCUAGAGGUACUGGGGAGACAAACUCAAAUACAAAUACUUUUGUAGUGGCAGGUGACAAGCAGCAAGAAAUGGAGAAUGUGUUAAAUGGAAAAAUUAAAUAUGAUGUGAAGAAUAAAGAUGUUGAUGACUUGAUACAAUCAAAUGUAAACAACAAUGAAAACAAACAGUCACAGCAACAGAAGCAGGAACAGCAGGAGCAACUAAAACAGCGUAAAAAGAAAAGUACAUUAAAUAAUAAUUCAUAUGAAAUUGAAAAAACCAAUCAAACAAAAAUACAUCAACAACAUGAGCAUCAUCAUCAUCAUUAUCAUCACGAGCAUCAGCACCAGGGGCAACAAAAAAUCCAACCAAAUAGCAAUGAUGAAGAAGUUUAUUUGUAUGACAAUAACUUCAACAAUAUUGAUAUUGUCAAGCAAAAUUUAUCAAACGAUUAUAAUACUGGGAAUAAGGGCAGCAGUGACAGUCAAACGUUCAAUACUAAAAAUUCGCCAGACUCAAAAAGUUUUGACAGUGAUGUUCAAGGUAAAGGUCCCCUUAUGUUAAGACUACAGGAGGAUGAAGAAGGAAUAGGAAAUGAAGCAGAAAAUGAAAAUAUAGAAACACCUGAUUCAGCUGAAGCGCAAAUAAAAAUAGUCAAUCAAUUUGAUUUUGUUUUGGCCGUUCUUCAGGAAAUUGAUGAGAAAAUGAUUGUUUUACUUAUAGUCAUGACCAUUUGCGUGUGUGUUUAUUCAUUUUUGUUGUGCAUUUUGGCAAAACCCGCCAUGAAUGAGAUAUUUUUAGUGUUGGUAUCUUAUGUCAUUGUUGGCACAUUUGUGGCAAUACAAAUAGCUGUGGGAUAUGCAACAUUGCCAAGCAAAUCAUUCAAUGGAACUGUAUGCAGUGUUAUUUUCAUCUACAUGACUUACACCAUGUUGCCACUACGCUUACGGGAAUCAUUAGUUGGUGGCAUCAUACUAUCCGCAACACAAAUCUAUACAAGUUUGCGUUAUGUUGAGGACACCUACCAUUGGCAAGAGUUAUUUAGCUCGUUAAUGGCUUUAUUUUUAUCCAAUCUGACCGGCAUUUAUACGCACUGGCCCAAAGAGAAGGCACAACGUAAAGCUUUCAUUGAGACACGUCAAUGUAUAGAGGCUCGUUUGCGUACGCAACGUGAAAAUCAGCAACAG